GUUAUUACUUUAGCCCGUGGUUCUCCCAAAGAUGAAUCGUUUUAUUGAAUGGUUAGUUUCGGAAACUGAACCACACCAACAAGAUGAAUUUAGAUUGCGAUUUAGACGGUUUAAGCAAAAAGUAAAUAGUACGGAAGCUGAAGAAUUAUUUGUUCGGGAUGCUUGUGAAAUUCUUGACCAGUGCAGGGAUCUUAUAAGCCCUCUCUUUGAAUCAUGGAUUGGCACUACGUCAUUUGAGGAAUUCGACCUUGCUUUGGACAACUAUCGACGUAUGCACAGUGGAGGCUACGGGCACAGCCACAACUCACUGCAUGAGGACGCUGAUUUGGAUUCUCGAAUAUUGAGUGAUGGCAAAGGAAGGCCUCUAGUGACUACUUCGAAGACGUUUAACCUGUUUAUUGGUGAUAUGCCUUUAGAAACUACAGAAAAUGAUCUAAGAGCCGUGUCGCUCACUGUGGAAAUAUAGUAAAAGUGCGUUUGCUUCAGAAAGGCCCAAAGCAGUUGUCUUUUGGUUUUGUGCAUUUCUCCGAUAGUACUUCUCUUCAUCGUGCUUUAACAGAGCAGCCCGUCGUUACUUUACACGGGAAGAAGUGUCGUUGUGGGCCUAGUCAAGAGCGCGUUACCUUGUACUUGUCCAAUAUCCCCCAGCAGGCUACUCAGCGCGACGUUCUAUUGUGGCUCGAGAAACAUCUCGGAAAGGGGUCAGUGGUCUCAGUUGACAUCAAGUGCGGUCCCCCCCCCGAGUUCCUUUCGAGGCAAUUCGGUUUCGUGCAGUUUAUUGAUCAGACCACAUGCGAGACUGCCCGGAGGCGAUUCACUUCGGAGAGCAUACGCCUUUUUGAUCAGCUGAUAAAUGUUGCUCCUGCCGACAAUAUGACCCCCGACGAGGACACACUUCUGAACGUGAAGACCAUGUUCCUGACAAAUGUGGCUUCAGAUGUGUCCGAGUCAACCAUACGGGAUGCCUGCGAGAAAUACGGUAGCCUUCACAAAAUCAACUAUGCCCGACGCGACAAGGGGUUCGUUUAUGUCGAGUAUAACAAUCGCAAUGACUGCUUGAGGGCCAUUGACAAUCUGCACAACACCAAGUUGGGGUCGCAGUACAUUACCACGGCUCUGGCUAAGCCCAAAGUCAAGACCCCGCUUGGGUUAACGCCCUCUGACUCCCGCUUGGCUGGCACUCUUCCAUAUGGCGCGAGGGUCAGAGGCUACGGUCGAGGCGCCGAGCUGAUGGGCACUACUCUACUGCCCUUUGGAGCGGCCAUGGGCAGUUACGGUCGUAGUGUUGGCGGGGCUGUCGGGGCGUCCGUCAUCGCCGACAGAGGGUACGCUCGAAGGUUAGACUCUCGCCCCCAGCCGUAUGAUAUUCGUAGUAGGUGUGUUUUGUAUCAGUCUAUUCCAGUCUUUCCAGUUUAUUUCCUGUUCUUGCGUUACUCAAAUUUUAGCCGUUAUAGCACUCGCACUGACAGAUCUGAUAGAACUACAGAUAGGGAAAAGCGCUCUUAUACUAGCAGCACCCGUUCCCGCGAUGCCCUGACACCGUCGAGUUAUAGGGAGUGGGACGGUGUCUACGACUACACUCGCUAUGAGCCCUCUUAUGUGCACGCCGCGGCAGCUGUAUCCGGCGCUUACGAUUCGAACGCGUAUGCGCACCUUCAAGCCUAUUACAGUAAUCCGAGUUACAAGACGCAUUGAGGCCUGCCGUCUCCCCUCUUCUGAUUGUGGCAUGGCCGACUCCCGCUCCCGUUUAGUGUAAAGGGACUUUUUGAAGCCGUCAGUAAGCAACCUGCGUUGGUUUGGCUUUUUAAUUUUGGUACUACGUAAUCGCUAUUUAUUUCUCGACGGCCCCGUUUUGGGGUUCCUGUUUGUAGCCAUUUUAACUUAUUUGGCGUUAAUACUUAUGGCGUCGACCUGCGUGUUUCUACUGUCACGCAGAUCCAGUUGUUUAUAUUUGUAUUGUUUUGAAUAUGAUAUAAAUUUUUUAUUAAGUUAGGUUUAGCAUAGUCUUCCCAUGAGCGCG